AUGUCCGGCGGGACAAUCAUGGAUACUAUUACUUCUCUUCCUCAUCAGAAUGACCAAAAUGUUAUUCGACACUUGACUAAUUUCGGUAAGUUCUUAACAGGAAUAACUCGUGUCGUUAGUGAUAUUUUUGAUUUGUCUUUUUUGUAUAUCUCAGAAUGAAAAACUAUUUUAUAAUCUUUUUAAUCAUUUUAGUUAAAUCACCAGCCACCGAUGAUGCAGAUAUCAAAAAGAAAGAAGAAUCAAUUAUGGAAUUGGGAAAUAUGUUGGCGCAGUCAAAACAAACUGAAGCGCUCAGAAACGUUAGUUUAAUUUAGUUUCGAUGGCCUAUGUUAAUGAUAAAUUCAGAUGAUUGAGCAAACGCGUCCUUUUUUGAUUUCUUUGGGUAAGGCCAAAGCAGCGAAGCUUGUCAGAGAUUUGGUGGAUCUUUGCUUGAUGAUUGAUGAUCAAGACGGCGAUAUUAAGGUUAGUUUUUGUCAAUGGUUCAUAUUUUACGUUUUUGUUAUUCUUUUGAUUUUGAAUACCUUGUUUUUUAUUCGUUCCCUUCAGGUCAGUCUCGUGAAAGAAUGUAUCCAAUGGGCAUCCGAGCAAAAUCGCACAUUCUUACGUCAAACACUGGAGGCGCGUCUUGUGAGAUUGUACAAUGACCUUCAUCGUUACACACAAGCUUUGCCCUUAGGUUUGUUCUCUAACAACUGAUCUCGUAAUUGUUGAAUGUCGGUUUGAAGCUGCGGAUUUGAUUCGCGAGCUCAAAAAGUUGGACGAUAAAGACGUUUUGGUGGAAGUUGAGCUAGAAGAAAGCAAAGCUUUCUACCAUUUGUCGAACGUUGGCCGAGCUCGCGCUUCUUUGACUGGAGCCAGAACCACCGCAAAUGCCAUCUAUGUCAAUCCCCGCAUGCAGGUAUUCAUCGGAAUUUGGAAGAAAAAAACUCAGUUUCCCAAAACGUUCAGGUUCCAUUUUUUUAUUAUUUACUAACUUUGAGAGAAAAGUAAGGAAAACCGAGAAAGCUAAUCUUUCUUCAAAUUUUUUGUAAUGUUCAUUCUUGAUAACUUGUUUCUAAUUUUUGUAAUUUAAAAGAGAGCGAAAAAUGUUUUUUCCGAUGAUUUCACAAUUGAAAAAAGGGAAGUUUGAUUGUAUUGCCUGAUUUAAUAUUUGAGAUAAUUCAGAUUUUAGCGGUUUUUUUUUUAAUUUAAAAAGGAUCGAUGUUUUCUCGUUUUCAUCCGUUUCUGGUAUUUUGCAGACAAUUUUAGAAAAUGGGAAAAGAGUGGGCGAAGAGUUAAAAUAGAGGUAUUAGAAGAGUAGGGGCAACGUAUUUCAAAGUGAUUAGGAAAUGUUUGUACGGCCUUUUUUAAUUUUAAAGCCUUUGUUUUUAGGCUGCGCUCGACCUUCAAUCUGGAAUUCUUCACGCAGCUGAUGAGAAAGACUUCAAAACAGCAUUUUCUUACUUUUACGAAGCUUUCGAAGGUUACGAUUCUGUUGAUGAGAAAUCUUCCGCACUUGUUGCGUUGAAAUACAUGCUUCUUUGCAAAGUUAGUUUUUUUUCCGUUAUUUUCUUUUAUCGAAGGAUGAUUUCCAAUAAUUUAGGUUAUGCUGGACCUCCCUGAUGAAGUGAACAGUCUGCUUUCCGCCAAAUUGGCCCUCAAAUAUUCUGGACCUGAUAUCGAAGCGAUGAAGGCGAUUGCUGUCGCUGCACAGAAAAGGAGUCUCGCCGAUUUCAACACCGCUUUCGGCUCUUAUCCCCAGGAACUUCAGGUUCGCGCAAAUAGUUUCGGGACACAAUGGCAUUUUUCAGAUGGAUCCUGUUGUCCGGAAACAUUUCAAUUCUUUGAGUGAAGUUAUGUUGGAAAAAGAUUUGUGCCGGUUGAUUGAGCCAUAUUCUUUCGUUCAAAUUGACCAGAUCGCACAGAAAAUUCGAAUCGACCGGUCCAAGGUAAUAUCUCUAUAUAAAUUAAUCGUUUUAUGAGUAGAUAAAGAAAAUUUACAGACGUGAUUAUCAUUUCAUGACUAUUUUUCUCUUUUCGAGAUAAAAAAGGAAAAAAUAGCCGUCCCAAUGGUUAAUUCGAUAAUACUCCACAUAUUUCUUUGAUAAUAAUUAUUAACGACUAUAAUAUUAAAAGAAAUUGCUUCCAGAGAAGGAGAAUACAAAUAAGACGUAUACGUGAGUAUUUAUAUGGAAAGAUAAUAGCGAAAACCAAUUCGUUUUCAAAGUAAUUUCCGUGAAAUCCAAAGUGGCCGUCAGAGAAAGAAAAAAGAUAAUCAAAUUUCGGAGAGUCGGAGACCAUUUUGAGUUUGCCGGAAGUUACUUUGAACACGGCACUAGUAUCAUUCGAUCAAUCAUUCAUCAUGUUUAAAUCUAUUUAUGAAGCAACUGUGACGUAGAUUAUUUGGCUUCGGAGGCUAGAAUUAGCGGAUUUGUAAUUUUUCCGGCCGAGCUACAUUUUGAUGCUUGCAGGUUGAGAAGAAGCUGUCGCAGAUGAUCCUCGACCGGAAGCUCUCCGGCUCCUUGGACCAAGGCGCUGGAAUGCUCAUCGUCUACGACGUCAGCCCUCCUGACGCCGCCUAUCAAUCGGCUCUCGACACCCUCCACGCGAUGGGAGAAGUCGUCGACGCUCUGUACAACACCGCCUCCAAGUUACAUUAAUUUAUUUCUUACGGCUCCGUUUCAAUCUUAUUUUUUCGUUCUUGUAUCUCCUAGAACCUCAGAAUCGGUCUGAACAUUACCCUAAGAAUGUUUCACCUCACUUUACUCCAGUCAUUGUGCUUUUAUUUUUAUUUUGUCGUGGAUCGAACGAAAAGUAUACUUUGCAAUGUGAUUCCGCAGGGGUAGAAUCUGGAUCACAUUUUUUUCCCCAAUCCCAAAAUUCGUUUUUCUGUUUACCUUGUGAAAUUUGUGUUUGGAUUGGUAUUGUUUUUAUUUGUUUCAUUUCCUGCUUUUGUAUAGCCUGCAUAAAUACUGAUUCCAAUAAAGAUGAUUGAAGUGAACUGAAAUGCCAUCUGAACUUUUGGUGAAUAAUACCUUAAACGGUUUGAUCUUUGGUGGCCCAUGACCAAAAACAUGGACGUUGGCGCGGCGACAGGGGUCAAAAAAGACCAAGUUUUGUGUGGAGAAAAUGUCGAUGAUUGGGAAAAUUUUUCUCGCGAAUACAGUGCUUCCGGUUGUGGCUGGGCGCGUCGGUGGUGUCGCAUGCCGAUUGGAUUGGUUCUCGGGAGGUGUGCAUUGGCCUACGUCGACGAGCUGCUGGCCCACUCCUCCGUUCAUCGUCACAAAUCCUUGCAGUUUACCUUCCAGGUAGAAUAACGGCGGAAAAGAAAAGGAAAUGUCACUCAAAAAUCUAAAAAUCAUUUUUUUUUUUUUCAUAUUGCGUCGUAACGGAGCAUGACUUCAAUUUCGCAUUGCUUUUGAUCGCUUUGAAACAUUUCAAAAAUAGCCUUUUUUUCAGUUCUGAGGAAGCUUUCUCGGUUUUCACUCGACGUGCGGUAUUAAUAAAUAUUUUUUUGUUAAAAAAAUUUUUGGCUCAUAUCAAGAACCUAGCUUCGACCAAUAAUACCUUAAUUUAUUUUUCCUUAAACAAACCUAUAAACUUGAGACACAGUUUUUCUUAAGUUUUACGCAUAGUUUAAAGGCAAAGUUAGUGACUCCCAAAAUUAUAAGUUUGAUCAAGCCUUUCAUGGAAUUUUUAAGUAUUUCUUCAAUACUGAACCGAUCGCUUCACUUUUUGAUAACUCUCCCCAGGAAUUUUGAAUUUGCUUUGAAUUUUUAAUUUUUUGAAUUACUCAAGAAAAAAAGAAUUAUACGAUUUAUCCCAUCUUUAUUGGAACAGUUGUAAAAAGUCACGUGACGGUAUUCACCGCUAGCUUAAGACAAAACUCGCAGGGUUCUUUUCUUUUCUCACACUAUUUCACUAUUAUUUUUUCACUAUCAUGUUUUUAAUUAUUAAGUUAUGGAUCAAAUUUUAUUCUAGUAAUCAACAGUAAAUAAUCAAGGAUAGAAAAAUAAGUCUUGAAAGUCUGAUAUUUUGAAAAGUUGUUUUUCAGUGUGAGUAUACAAUAAAAAUGAUAAAAAAAGGAGAAAAAAAUUAUAUGAAAGUAUUCAUAAAGACUUGAUUAAAAGCGUAUUUGGCAUGCCUUUGCCAGCAUUGACGCGUCGUCGGGCUGUAGAUCGUAAAUCAUGGGAUGUAAGACGAGUGUUGCAGCGUCUGUUGGUGGUUUGCGGCAAGUCGCAGCCGACAGUCUCGACGCACGUCGCGCGGAUCAUCCUCGCUGCCUACGGCUUCAUCUCGGUGAACACGCCGGCGAAGAAGUUCGUCGACGAGGCCACGGCUACUCAGCUUCUUUCCUUGGUUUGUUUUCCCGUCUUCUCCGACAGACUUGGUCUUUCUGCAGAUUGUGCUCUUCUCGUCUGAGGUGAAACCCGGUCGCAGCGAAAGUGAAAUCACAGGCGCUCGUUACAUUUUCGAAGCGGUUUGCCUCGAAAUCGUGAAGAGGCUCAGCGGCGCCGACGAACUCCAAACCGCCACCGUUCUUCGCAACUUUUUGAAGAAGGUUUAAACCUUUUUUUCUCAGUUCAAAGAAAGGCUCUUCGAACUGAUUGAAAUUUCAGGUUUCGACAAGUAUUGAACCGUCUCUGAGUGUCGUUCUCCUGUCUCAAGUUGCCGCUAGUCCGUCGAUCAGUCGUUUCCUCGAACCGCUUUUUGCUCAGUUCAUCACUCAAAACGGUUUUUUUUUCGGGAAAAUGCUCUGAGAAAAUGGAUCGUAACUGAAACAGGAAAAAUAAUACUGAAUAGUCCUAGUUGAGGUUUUUCUAGAGGACUGAGGCUGGAAAGGUAGUGAAUGAGCUGAGAGCAAGCCUUUACGAGUUUUUGGGUUUUUUUUUAUUCUCCAGUUUCGUUUGUAACGAGUAUUAUACUUUGCGAAGCUUGCCUCUUGCCGAAUAAAUAAUCAACUUCUGAGUGGUUUAAGAAUAGGAUUUUCCACUCGGUUCCACACAGAAUAGGGAGUUUGAAUACUUUUUUUUUUCCAGGGAAGUGUUCACUUCGCGAAGGUGUAGUGGUGGAAAUUAUCGCGAGCUAUUUGAACACGGACGCGAUAAAACAUUACAAACACCUGAACAGCGACCCGGUCUCUGUUAUUACCUUCCUCAAGGUGCCUAUUUUUGUCUGUUUAUUUGUUUUGUCAUUUUUUGUUCUCUCUUUGAAAUGAAUAUUUUUUUUUCAUUCUUUUUGUAAUUUUUCCAUUUUCAGACGCAAGGUGGAGCUUACGCUGAAUUCGCACAGGCCUUGGUUCACAGCUUGUGUUUGCUUCUGAGGGAAACUGGUGGCCUGGAAAUUCCCCCUGAACGACCUUUGGAUCAGUCGGAUAAAACUGUUAAGGUAUUUUUUUCAAACAGAUUUCGUUAAAAAGCUUAUCUUUUGUACAUCAAAUACUCUAUGAUUAGUUUGGUAAUAGAAGAAAUUGAGGCAAAAGGCCGUGGUCCCAAAAAUUAUUUCAAAAUAUUUGUGAGUUCCGUGAACAAAAAUUCACAAUCAGUUACCAAGAUUAUUAUUCACUCCUGGAAGAAAUUAGGAAGUUUUCAGCCUGUUCGAGCUUUGAUGGAAGACAUUGCCAUCAAUGCUCUGAUCGCUGCUUUCCGGUACUAUGGCCCCGCUUGCACUGAAAGCGAAGAUUCCAUCGAGGAAGCUCUCGGAAAGUUCUCUGUUCGCUCAGGUUUUAUUCUCAGAUCAAUUUUCCUUUCCAGUAAACCUUCUUUCAUCUCAGAUUUGUGUACGCCAAGGUCAAUUGGUCUGUCUUUGAUGUACAUUAUCGGGGAUUGCAAUGAUAAUAUGCUUGAAAGGUGCGACUUUUUUCUCGUUUUAGAAAUGAAAUUGUAUACUUUUUCUCUCAUCUUUGAAUCAAUUUUCUUUGAAUUAAUUUUCGAACUUCAGGCCAGCAACGGAGCAGGGAGUUCAGACGGUCUGGAAUGGAAAAAUUUUCGUCAAAGGCAUAAACAAUAUUGUAAGCUUUUCGGCAAGGCAACUACUCUAACCAUAACUUAUAGAACCGCUUCCUCGUUUGGAGCGACAUCUUGCGAGAACUCGACUUCCCGAGCUUUCGGUUGGAACGCGUUUCUCUGAUUUUCCUCUGUGACGUCAUUUCGGAAGCCUCUGAAGAAUUCCCAAUAAGCUUUGUCUACACCCCUUGGAAAAACAGGUCGUUUAAAGCUUCGAAUCUAUUAGGAAUCGUCAACUUUUCAGCGUCGCUCAGCUGAGUUUCUUGUUGAAAAUCGUGGAGAAUUCGGAUGUUUUUUGUCUGUUCAACUACGAACACACCCAUGUUGUGCAGCCAUCCCUCAACUUGAAAAUGUUGCCGGACGAAAACGAUAAAUCAGUUGCGAACUGGUGCGUUCAACGGCUUUUCAAUCUCAAACUGUUGAUUUGAGGUGUUGCCUUGACCUGACCAACUGUCUCCUCACCAUUGCCAAUAAAGACCCAAACCUGCACAAGAACGUCAUGCAAAUAUUCGAUAUUGGAAUCGCUUAUUGUCCUGAUGUCGUCAUUCUGGCCUUGAUUCAAUCUCCAGUUUCUUUGCUUUUGUUUCCAAACCAAGUGUUUUCUUUGAGUUGGCGUGGACACCCUUCAGAAUGGAGAUUUUCAAGAGUAUUUUGCCGAAAGUCGUCAUGCAGAACCUGAAUGCAGUGCCAAUUCUGAAUUUAGCAUGGAAUUUAGACGUAAUUCUCCUCUAUCCGUAGAAAGAUUAUUUGGUUGAUUCAGCCGGCUCCGCUCAAGCAAAUGCAUUCGAUCAUUCUGAACUCGUUGGCGAACCUCUACGUUCUUGACGAUCAGCCCAGGCUCACGAAACUUUUGGAUGUUUUUCUUCAAACAAAUGUGUUCGUUCUAAUUGGUUUGUCACAGAUCGCCCACGAGCUGAAGCCUGCAGGCCUAUCUGAACUGCUUUCAUUGGCCGGAAAACAUCUGCCGUUUGUCGUCGACCUUGCUUGCUUGGCUUCAAAGCGCGAUUACUUGAAAAUUGAAAAGUGGCUGGACGAUAAAUUCCGAUCACAUGAUGUAUAUAAAUACCUUGUUUUUUUUUUUAAAUGUGAAGCUGAAAUCCUAAGGAACCUGUCGUGGCAGCUGUUCUUUCCCAUAUUCAACGACGCUACAAAAGGCCAGCCUUGGUCACGGCUUCGGCUGCUGUUGCCAGCGGCUCUUCUGGCGAUCCAUUGUGUACUUUGCUGCAGUUUGUAAACACACGUGCAACUCCCCAACUACGUCAACAGUUUUCUACCAUUUUCCAGGUGAACAUUGUCAUGUAUAAGAACUCUCCGUCUCGUAAAUGUUUCAACUAUGACUUAUUCCAAGUAUCACUUUUUUUUUUUCCUUUUAUCGCCAUAUUAUGAGUUCCUUUUAAUUAAUAUGGCCCAGCUCAAAAUAAGUUUCGAACACAGAUAUGCUAGUUCUUCAUGAAUAUAAAAUACACUCAAGGGCGCCUUUCAACCGAAAUUUUAUUCACAAAUACUUUGAAGGCAGCAUAACAUUGAAAUAGCUGAAGUGCAAAAGACGAAAACAAAAGUGCAAAAUGAAUUCGCGGUGCCAAAAUAAAGAAAGCAGCUUGUGUGCUCCAAUAGCAUACGCGUUGCGUUGCGAUCGCGGCACGCCUCUGUUUGUUCGCGUGAUUUUCAUCAAUUUUUCCUAUUUUUAUCUAUUUCUGGAUAUAGGUUAGCUAUUUGAAUUUACUUUUGAAAUAAAAAAAGAAAGCUGAUAGAAAUUUGCUUGCAUGUAGAAGUUGUUUUUGAUUCAUUACUUCAGUGGUUUUGCGGUAGAAACCGAACAAAAAAGUCUGCUCUGUUUACAUUUUUAUUCUUUUUCUUUUCAGGUUAUGAAAGAGAACUCGGGUAGGAGUUCGUCCGUCUCAUCAGUGGGCGGGCGAAACUCCGUUCAAAUGCCACCUGUUUUUGGAGCUGGUCCACCGGGACAAGAUGCAAGAGGCAUGCAACGAGUUCCUGCGUAUCCUCCAACGAAUCAGCAGCCUCCUCUCAAUUUUCCUGGUCCUGGUCCUAAUCAAGGCGGUGGACAUAUGCUGGUUUCUUUGCUGCGCAUUUUAAUUUAUUAUACAUCAAGUUUCUAGCCUCCUCAAGCUUCUGGUGCGGGUAUGAGUCUUCUCAUGGGUAUGAGUCCGUUUGGAAACUCGAAUAGAGAUUUAUUGAAGGUUAAACUCUAAACCUGUAUUUCAAAGAAUCUUUUUGUUUUCAGUGUGUUCAGCCAUCAGCUCCUCCUCCGCCAUCGAUGUCCCCUUCGAAUCAAAUGAUGAGAUCGACGGUUUCCAACGUUGGCAUCCCGCCCAUGCCUCAGCGCCAGGUAUCUUUGUAAUUGCUUUCAAAGAGGAAUUUGCGGAUAGAACUCUUCUGGAAGCUGGCAUGGCGCGGUGGCUCGUCCAACUGGUCCUUCAACACCCAACCAACACAUGGACUUCCGUUCUCAACUUCCGAUGCCAAGCGGCGGCUCUGACUUCAUUCCACAACGGCCUGGGCCAAUUCCUCUUGCUACUCCUCAACACAUGAAUGAUGAUUUGUCGAACAUAAACUUUGCCGAAGACGUACAGGAGGAGGCGAACUCGUACUUCGAGAAGGUUUUUUUUAAAUAUAAAUUUGAUGCUCUUCAUUGAUUUUUCUAGAUAUAUUCCCCUAACGGACAGAUGACAGUUCCUGAUCUCAUUCAAAUGCUCAAGACCUUUAAGACAUCAAAUAAUACUCGUGAACAGAAGGUAAAAUUCUUGGACAUAUUUCAUUAAAACUUCGAUGUUAUUCUCAGGUUUUGGCUUGUGUUGUCAAGAAUUUGUUCGAAGAAUAUCGAUUUUUCCACGAAUAUCCGGAACGAGAGCUGAAAACGACGGCAGAAGUUUACGGUGGAAUCAUCCGAGAAGGCAUUAUAGGGUAAUACUCGAUUCUAACAGAAGCAAUACAUACAAGCUGAUUUUUAAGGAAUGUGCAAUUCGCAACAGCGGUGAGAAAGGUGAUUGAAUCUUUGCAAGCGGAACCUGGAAGCAUGCUCUGGACGUUUGGAUUGGUCGCUCUUCAACAUUGCCGAACCAAGCUUAGCUUGUACCCGAAGGUGCUUUUUGAAAGAAGUAUAACGAGAUCUUAUGAAAGUUUUACUGAUAAUAUUUACAUAGGUCAUUUUUGCGUAGGGUUUGGAGUUUUUUAUAAAUUUGCUCAAAAAAUCUUUGAUGGACUGAGAAUCGAUACCUCAUAGUUUGUCCAAUUUUCAAGCAAGUACGGAUUUUUUAUUGAUUUAUUUUAAUCUGAAAAAAUGUUCGCUUGAAUAAAACGUACGUGAAAACGUGAACAAAAAACUUCAUUUUAAUCUUCUUUUGUUUCGUGAAUCAUAUUUUCAAAGGUCUGCUCGAUGAUACUGUCUCUGGAGAACUUCUCCAAGUUCCCUCAACCUCUGAAGGACUUUGUUGUCGCCGGAGUAAAAGGAGAACAGCCGCCGGAUGCUGGAAGAGCGACCCCUCCAGUGGUUUGGUCAGCGAACCGGCCGGCUGUUGAGAACAAGAUCGGAAACGUGGUCCCUACUAAUCGAACGGUUUUUUGUAGCAUUUUAACAUCAUUCAUUAUUUUUUGAUUGUAGGGAAACUCAGUUUUGUCGUACACGAACGUUGAUACUUUGGUUGCUGCAACGGAAAAAGACGGCGCCGAAAUCGCGCAGCCACCGGAGUCAGUCGUCGACAAAGUGUCCUUUCUCUUCAACAACCUUUCGCACGCUAAUCUUCACGCAAAGAAGGAGGAGGUGAGAAUUUUUUUUUAGCUUUCUCAAAUUGUUAUUUAGUGAAAUUCAGAUUAAGAUACAAAAAUGAAUAGCGAAAAAUUUUUUUUUAGUUUUUCUACGAAUCGUCCUAGCUUUAGGAAAACUAUAUAUAGAACUGGAAACAAAUGUUUAGGUCGUCGCGCUGAUCGCAGAACACGGAGAACCGUUCACGAGGUGGCUCGCCCAGUAUAUCGUCAUGAAACGUGUUUCGAUCGAGCAAAACUUCCAGCCUCUGUACAACAUUUUUGUCCAUGCCAUCGACAGUCGAUUGCUCGAACAGUUGAUUCGAAGAGAAACAUUCAGAAAUAUUAGGGUUCGGGAGAAUAGCUUUUUUGGUUCUAGCUUUGUUUUAUUUGAAGAUUCUGCUGCGUACUGACAAACGAACCAAUGCGGCUUCGAACUACAGCGAUCGACAGGUCCUGAAGAACCUUGGAAUGUGGCUUGGAUCCAUCACGAUAGCGAGAAACAAGCCGAUCCUACUCAAUGUUUGUUUGGUUUCAACAUAUGAUUUUAAAAUUUUUUUUAAAGGAACUCGAUCUAAAGUCCUUGCUGCUGGAGGCUUAUUACAAGGGCCAAGCCGAGCUUCUUUACGUCGUUCCUUUCAUCUCCAAAAUACUUUUGUCAUGUGGAAAAACGACGGUUUGAACUCUAAUCUCCUUCCUCUGAAAGUGACCAAUUUCAGCUAUUCACACCCAGUUGCUCUUGGAUAAAGUCUAUAUUGAAGGUAUUAGCAGAGUUACAUAACGAACCGGAUUUGAAGAUCAAUUUGAAGUUUGAAAUCGAGGUUUUUUCGCUUUCGUAAAGCCGAAUUCCAUUUAAUUUUGUACAGGUUUUGUGCAAAGAACUGUCUGUGGAUUUGAACAGCAUGCAAAUCGACGGAAUCCUCAAAGACACGGAGAAGUUGGUGCGAGUGACGCAGCAGUUGUGCGACGUGAAGGCACUGGGCCGACCUGACGUUCCAAGUCCCAUCCCGACUCAAAUGCGGCUGCCUGGCGAAACUUCCAGCGCUUCUCCUGCCAUUGAAACGAAGGUUUCAUUUAAAUUUUUAUUUCUCGCGGUUCUUAACCAAUUUCUACUGUUAAUGUGACUAAACAUUAGAACUUUUUUUCAAACCUUUUUCGCAAAUUUCUGGAGUCUUUUGAUUUUGCUGAAAAUUCUUUUCUUGGAGAUUGGUCGGCGACAUAUUCACAUGUCCAGUUUUCAAUAAAAAAAAUAUUGUAGUAAGAUGAAUAUAUCAGUUUUUUAUAUUUUUGUCGUCUUCUAUUCCACUUCAUCUUUCAAAGAUUUUCGAAACUAUUCUCAAAUAUUCAUAAGUUGUAACUCGACGGAAAAAUACUUGCAGCCGUCGACGCCACAACCAGAAGGCGGCGAAGUGGCAACGACUGGGCCAAAUGCUCCAGAUCAGACGUCGGCGCCUGUCACGCACUUCUCUUACCACGACAUCAACGUUCUUUCCUACGAUGGACUCAUCCCUCAUGUCAAGAUACAGGCUCAUCUUCCGCUCUUCCAUGUAAAUCCUCUACCUAUCUUCAUUUUUAACAGUCCAUUUUAAGCUUCACCCUCAUGCUAAGCAUUUGAUUCGCCCUGCCAUGACUCACGCCAUCAAAGAACUCAUUGGUUAGAUUUUCAUGAGAUUUAUUUUGAAAAAUGUUUUUCUCAGGACCUGUCACCGAAAGAGCUCUGAAAAUAGCCAUGACAGUGACAGAAAACUUGAUUAAGAAAGAUUUCGCGCUGGACCCUGAUGAGAAGAACAUCAAGCUCUCUGCCUUCCAUAUGGUUUUCACUCGCAAAAAGACCUUUCAUCAACUUGAAAUUCAAGAUGCGGGCCAUGACUGCAGGGAUGGCCAUGAUAACCUGCAGGGAUCCACUUGCAAGUACCAUGCUCGGCUAUUUGACUCAGGCCUUCCAGACCUCUUUGAGAUCAGCAGCCGCGAAUCCAGAACUGGUCCGUUGUUCCCUUAUAUUUUGAAGUACAAUUUCUUCCUUUAGCAAAAGCAAAUCGAGGAAGCCGCGCAGGCAAUCACGCAAGACAACGUCGAGCUCUCGACCAACUUCAUUGUGAAGGUUUUAUUUCGACAACAUUUCAGAUUCUUACCCCAUUCUUCCAGACUGCCUGUGAAAAAGCUUCGGCAGAAAUCGAGAAGCGACUGGAGCCCGAGUACCAGAAGAGAAUCACUGCGCGUCGUGACGGAGAACCUUUCCGAGAUGAAGCCGCUCUCAAGCUGCAGGCUCGACUUCCAGCCGCCAUCGCCAUCACGGCCGGAACCACCGAAAAGUCGAACCUUGCCGUCUACGAACAAUUCAGCAGGUUUUUUCAAGACUUUUUCAAGUGUAAAAUGAAUUUUCCCAGCCGAAUCUGUGGUUUCAAGCCAGCUAAUGAAGAGACCAAUGACGCUACUCUGCGAACGAAUGUUGAACCGGUGAAGGAUCUCGAAGCGAUCAUGGUUCAACUCCAGCAUUUCAUCAAAGAAGUCGAUCAGGCCACUCAGUCCCAGCCACACAUAGCCAACAAGGUUUUUUUUUCAGAAUUAAAAUAUACUUUAAAUUUAGUAAUUUUCUUAACAGUAUAUCGUUUUGCGUUUAAAGGAAGCCAUCAACCCUUUUUCCUUCUUUUCAGGCGUUCCAAGCUGUUUGUGUGAUCCGCGACCAACUUUCCAACGUCGUUGCCAAUCCAAAAGAAAACAACGCUCUUCAGAGCCUCAUCAGUAGAUCCGUCGAACAUCUUCUCCACUCGUACCACCUCGAUGUAAACUCGAGAAGUUGGUUUUGUUUUCAGUUUCAAACAAUUUUCGAGAAUUAAAAUUGAAAUGAAUCGUCAAAUUCCAUACUGCGAAAGAUUUUGAAAGGUUCUAAAGCUUUUUUGACCUGAUAAAAAGUUCAAUUUAAGAAAAGAAGAUUAAACGGUUUAGCAUUUUAAUAAAAGAAAAAAACAAUUUUUUAGAUCAAUUCGAUCUGGAAUGGACCCGAAGGCUGAGGGAUUUGUUCAUCGGAGUCAUGCGACUGAUGUGUUCGCAGUUCGCCCAGCCGGAUUUGGCUCGUCGCGUCACGGUCGCUCUGAUCAACAUACGAUCUGACUACAAGUGGAACAUGGAUGGCAUUGAGGUUUCCAGAAGUCCCCGUCUUCCGCUUUUCCAACGUUUUCUUUUGAAGAUCUUGCUCAAGCAGAGCCUCAUCCAAACUGCUUUGUGGGACCAGCAUCUGGCUGCUUCGAUGGACGGCGGCGGAAACAUUGAAGCCAUGUUGUUCGCCCAAAAGUUCGUCCGAGCCCUAGGAGGAGGAGACAUCCAGAAGCUCUCGGUAAUCAAAGAGGUGCAUCUUGCAUUCUUCGCAAUACAAGACCACUUUUCAAGCCAAAUAUUAAACCUUCAAACCGGGGAAUCGAAACAGGAAAAUUCAUAUUUCACGAAUUAUAAAAAAAAAUUGAGACCCGAUUUUUUUUUUCGAGUUAUGAAGCUUCAAACCUCUCAAAAACGCUUCUUUUUACAUUAAUCGUGUAGUUUGCGAAAUUAAAAGACUCAUUACUCGAAAAUAAAACCGACUGCGGGAAAUUUUUUUGAUAAGAAAUCGGAAUAUCCUAAAGCGCUUUUCAGCCUUUUUCCAUUAAAAGUCCAACCCUGGGACAGAAAACGCUCACUUGUGAGAAGCAAACAAAUUAUAGAACGGAAAAUCUUGAAACUCUCAAUUCAUCUUCACUUCAGAAGUUCCAGGCGUUCCCGUUGACCUGUGAGCAGUUGCUGAAACUGCAGCAAAUGCAAUCGGCCACCAGGGCGACGAUAGAACCGAAUCCGCCAAGCGUCGAGUCUCCGGUCAGCCUUGCCUCGGCUGUCGACGCUGCUCCGGCUCCUCCUCCUCCCAGGACCGAAGACUCUGACAUGACUUCGAAGGUAAAAAUCAGUUAUAGCCGUAUAUUAGAAUUGAAAACAAAGUAAACCGAAAAAAAAGGUUCAAAAUCAACUUUUAUUAUUUUUGGCAUUUCAGACUUUUUUGAGUGGAAAAGUUUUAAAAAAGAAAAGAAAAAAGCCGUGUUCAAAGUAAAUAUUAAAAACGAUUGUCUGAUCGAGGAAAAAAAAACCAAAAUUUCGGUUAGUCAGACUGAAAUCUGAUUUUCCCGAAAUCACAUUGAACGAGGCAUAAAAAUGUCCAAACUGCUAGAUCUUUUUUUUUUUGUUUUUUUGAGAAUUUUCUUUUGAUAGAAAAAACACUCCAAUUUACAAAUUGCAGGUCGAAAUGAUUUUGCGCGAUUGGAUCGGCCUUUGCUACACGCCAAUGGCGCAGAGAAGUCCCCAAGAAGCUUUGUCGCAGAUGAUUCAGCUGGUAUUUUUCACUUUUCACAAAGUUUUGAAAUGAAGUUUCAUCUUUCAGAUGCACGAGCACGGCGUUUUGGCGACCGACGACAAAAUCACCCAGUUUUUCCGUCUCUGCGUCGAAAUGUGCGUCGACGUCUCCGUCCGAAUGCUCAAGACGGACUCCCAAGCCAACGCCAACGCUUUCCAAGCGCCCGUUCAUCAGACGACCAUUGUGCGACAGCGCUGCUACUACACUUUGGACGCCUUCGUUAAGCUUAUGGCGUAGGUUUUUCCUUGGUUCUCUGAAUGAAGUGCUUUUAUUCCAUUUUUUCAUUGAUGGAGUCAAAAUUAUAUGAUUGUCGCGCUCUAUUCAGUUUACAAUUUUCAUUUCCAGCUUGAUGAUCCGUCAUUCUGAUGGAACGCAGUCUCACAACAAAAUCAACUUGUUGAAGAAGGUUGGUUGAAAAAGUUAUUUUUAAAUUUAAUUUUUUUCUUCCAGCUCCUGAAUAUUGUCGUUGGUGUUCUCCAUAUGGACCACGAAAUCCGCCGGAACGAUUUCAACGCAAUGCCUUAUCAUAGGAUUUUGAUCUCUUUGUUCAACGAAAUAACGGGUCCCGAUCCUCAGCAUUUGUUGGAACCGAUCGCUUGGAGCAUUUUGGAGGCAUUCGGCCAGGUUUUACCUUUUAUUUGUUAACUUUUUUCAAGUUUUGUCUUCAAAGACUUUGUUCGCCCUUCAACCCCGUCGAAUGCCCGGCUUCGCUUUCGCUUGGCUCGACAUUGUGGGACAUCGAAAUGUGAUUGGAAGACUUCUCGGUUCGUUUUCUCUAUUUGUUUCGAGAAAAAAAAGAUUCCGAAUUUUUGGGCUGCUUUUUUAACAAAAAUAGCUCGUGAAGUUAUCUAAAAGUUGAUAAUUUCAGCGAACACGGGAAUUGCGGAAACGGUGGAUCCAGUUAAGACUGCAGCCACUUUCACGCAGCUCAUCAUUUGCCAUCUGAAGUUCCUGGCGCCCUUCCUUCGCAACAUCCAGCUGCCCAAAUCGAUUGCCAUCUUGUACAAGGGCACCUUGAGGUCCUUUUCUCGGCCAGUUCUGCAUCCUCUCGUCUGUGUUUAGGGUUCUUCUCGUGAUUCUGCACGACUUCCCUGAGCUUCUAUGCGAGUACCACUACGUUAUCUGCGACACGAUUCCUCCAAAUUGUGUCCAGCUGAGGAACUUGGUUCUCUCUGCGUAUCCGAGAAGUAUGCGGCUGCCGGAUCCGUUCGCUCUCAACUUCAAGGUUUUUUUGAUUUCAUUUUCAUUUAAAAUUGAACAAAACAACUUUUUUCGACCCCAGGAAGUUUGUCUCAUCAGAUAUGUCUUUUUAUUAUGAAUUUAUUUAUUGCAGCAAGUCGACUCCAUUCCGGAGAUGUCAGUCGAGCCGAAAUCGAAUCUCAACAUGGCCACGAUCAUUCCGGAGAGUAUCCGUGUUCCGCUGGACGAAUACCUGUCCAACCGUGUUUCUGUCGACUUCCUGUCCAACCUUCCGACGUUGCUACAAGUAUUUUUGCCUUGCUUGGGAUGACAUUUUUCUUUUCUUUUUUCAGGUGUCUAACAAUCCUGGUUCGAAGUAUAACACGACCGUGAUGAACGCACUCGUUCUGUACGUCGGCAUCAGGUUAAUUUCUCCAAAAAACCUCAAAUCUCAUGGGAAUUGUUUUUAGGGCAAUCGAAGCACUUCAUGAACGUCGGCAGAGGAUAUCGAUCCAUACGAUCGCCCACACGGCUUUCAUGGACAUUUUCCAGAAUCUGGCCGUUCAACUUUGCACCGAAGGUUCCAUUCUACCUUUUUUUUUUCUUUUCACAGGUGAAUUAAUUCAGGUCGCUACCUUCUGUUCAAUGGAAUCGCCAACCAGCUGCGCUAUCCAAACGCUCACACGCACUACUUCAGCUGCGUCUUUUUGUUCUUGUUCUUGAACUCGGACUGCGACGCUAUCCAGGUCCUUUUUUGUUGAUAGAUUCUGAACAUUUGAAAAUAAUUAGCAGAAAAGAUACUUUCAAUAAACUUAUAGGAAAGAGUUUUUUGAAAAAAAAAACUUUCAUUAAGUAAUUCACUUUUCAGCUUUUAGAUGCGUUUGACUUUAUUUUUCUUAUCGCCGACACAAAAUUCACAAAUAAUUGUUAGUUUAGAAUACAAAAAACUAGUUAUUUCUGUAAAAACAACUGUUUAUGGAAAAAAAGUUUCGGGUUUCAGGAGCAAAUCACGAGGAUUCUGUUCGAAAGACUCGUCGCCUUGCGUCCUCAUCCGUGGGGAUUGCUCAUCACCUUCAUCGAACUCAUCAAAAAUCCAACUUAUCACUUCUGGAAGUACGAGUUCACUCGUUGCGCUCCUGAAAUUGAAAGGUUUCUUUCUCAACAUCCGACCCCUCACGGCCUUCUUUUCUCUUCAGGUUGUUCCAAAACGUUGCCAAUACCUGCGCGCCUCCAUCUACGGGUGUUCCCAUCGCAACAGCUGUACAAACCACCGAAACAAAAAAUUGA